AUGCCAGAGAUUGAACAAGAGGACAACAGCACAAAUGCGGUACGACAGCAACAGCAACAACAACCGGGAGGUGGCAUAAUUGACGCCGUGCUUUUAUUAAUUGUUAGGGGGGUUUUGGCCGGCGUUCAGGGGUAUGCCGUGCUUGGGUGGCUGAUGGGGAAGAUAUCGGCUGCUUUGGUCUGGACGGUGGAGCUGGUGCUGCUGCUUUUGGUGCAGCCGGGUGGUGGCAAUACGAAUCAUCAUAAUGGAUGA